AUAAAAAACCCGACUGUUUGCGCUACUCUUCGUCUUAGUUUGGAGACAAAGCCAAUUGCCAUAACACAAACAAAACCAUCAACGCCGGGAAAGUUUGAAAGAAACGCUUCGAUAUCUGUCGUUUUGGGUCAUGGGAAUUGAGUUCCAGGGCGUCAAGGGAAUCGCCGUUGGGUGGGCCGUGACGGCGAAGCCAUGCGACACCUGCAAAUCGGCCGCCGCGGCGCUUUUCUGCAGGGUUGACUCGGCUUUCCUUUGCCUCGCAUGUGAUUCUCGAAUCCAUAGCCUCAACAAGCUGGCAUCGCGCCAUGAGCGGGUCUGGAUGUGCGAGGUGUGCGAGCAAGCCCCAGCUGCGGUCACUUGCAAGGCCGAUGCCGCUGCUCUCUGCGUCAUCUGCGACGCCGAUAUCCACUCUGCUAACCCUCUCGCUCGCCGCCAUGAGCGGGUCCCAGUUGAACCUUUCUUCGACGCAGCUGAGUCCGUCAUCAAGUCCACUCCUUCCACUUUCCUCAUGCGCACUGAUAAUGUUACCGGUGAUUAUGCUGGAGCAUGCCAACACGAAGACGUGGAGGUGGGUUCUUGGCUGCUUCCAAAUUAUAACCUGGGGAAUUCAAAAUUCAACAUGGAAACCGAUUCUUGCGUCGAUAUGAAAUCUGGGGAUUUGGUAUUUCCAGACAUGGAUCCUUUUCUCGAUUUCGAUUAUCACAAUUCGUUUCCACAGCAUCGUAGUAGCGCCGCAACUGAUGGCGUGGCGCCAGUUCAGACAAAACCUACGCCAGUCCCGGUGAUUAAUAAUGAGAAUUUUUUCGAUAUUGAAUUCUGUAGAUCAAAGCUCUCAUCGUUCAACAACCAAAAUCAGUCUCUUAGCCAAAGCGUUUCCUCGUCGUCGCUCGACUUCGGAGUUGUUCCCGACGGGAAUUCCGUGUCCGAUAUAUCAUACAAUUUCGGCCGAAACAUGAGCGAUCCAAGCGUGCCGGUCUCGUGCAUUAACGCGGCCACGACUGCCAGCCAAGCGACUCAGCUGUGCGGAAUCGAUCGAGAAGCGAGAGUGUUGAGGUACAGAGAGAAGAGGAAGAACCGGAAGUUCGAGAAGACGAUUCGCUACGCUUCCCGUAAAGCCUACGCGGAGUCCCGACCCAGAAUCAAGGGCCGAUUCGCCAAAAGAACCGAAGCGGAAACCGAUCUUGAAUCCAACUAUGACUCUGCUUCGUCCACAGCUUUCAUGGCCGAUACUCCAUACGGCGUCGUACCUUCGUUUUGACUUGUACCGUAGAAAAAGAAAGGUUGCAGUAAUUUUCUACCAUCCUGAUCUUGUACCUCUCUCCCCACUAUAUUCAAUUUUAGCAACCGGGAGAGUCGUACGGUGCCGUUUUAGUCGUAAUAAUCUCUUUUGUUAUCCUACUGUAAAAUAUUUUGUUGGUGAGGAAAA